AUGACACGGCCAUGUUUGCAUCUUGUGCGACACGUCGCCAGAAGAUGCUUUUUCAGUCCAGCCAGGAGAUGCUUUUCGCAAUCCGCCGUCCGCCGUGAGCUUCGCGACAUUGCUGCCUUGCCAGACCGCAUUCGCCCUUCAUACCAAGAGACCAAACAUCUCGACUUGUUAUCUCUGCAGUGGCCACAACCCCCUCGUAACAUCCUGAUCGUCCACAAGAAUGGCUCCAAAGUCGUCGAUGAAGCCGUCCAUGAAUACGCAAACCACAUCCACUCGACCUACCCAGACGUCUCUCUGAUCUUCGAACCAAAAGUCGCCAGUACUAUUCACGACAAUUUCUCCUUCCCCAUCUACACAACCCUACAAGAGUCGCAACAUGCACGUCUGCAAGACAAAGUCGACCUGACAUCCACCCUUGGCGGCGACGGCACCAUCCUCCACGCCUCCUCCCUCUUCGCGAAUGCGCAAAAUGUCCCUCCUAUUCUCUCUUUCAGCAUGGGUACCCUAGGCUUCCUCGGCGAAUGGAAGUUCUCCGAUUACAAGCGCGCUCUCCGCGAAGUCUACAUGUCCGGCGCAACCGCUGGCUACGGCAGCGCUCUGCUGGAGACAGAGGCUGGAUCAAAGCAGAAAGAGAUGCUCUCAGGCUGGUCAUCCGUCCGCGGCAUGUCUAUGGGCCCAUCACGUUCGUCUCGCGUCCUACUCAGGAACAGAUUGAAAGUGGGAAUCUUCGCAGAAGACGGGACCCCCAUCACACACGCCGACCCUUCAGCACCAAUGUGUUCCUCGGACUGUUCAGAUGCAAACUGUGAUGUCUUCGCCAUGAAUGAGGUCCUGCUACAUAGAGGCAGAACACCCCAUCUCAGUAUCAUCAACAUUUACGUCGGAGGCAGGUUUUUGACAGAAGCGGUGGCUGAUGGAUUAUUAAUCUCCACGCCUACUGGAUCAACAGCAUAUUCCCUAUCCUCAGGCGGCAGCAUCGUCCACCCUCUCGUCUCCUCCCUCCUCCUCACUCCCAUCUGUCCUCGCUCCCUCUCCUUCCGCCCUCUAGUGCUUCCAGCAAACACACCCAUAACCCUCCGUCUGUCUCCUAAAAACCGCUCCGACGAAAUCGAGUUAUCUGUCGAUGGCGUUCGUCGUGAAAAAGGCUUGACCAGAGGCAUGGAAGUCAGAGUCGUAGGCGAGGAAAUCAGAUCAGGAGAAAGAACCUGGGGAGGUGGCGGCGUACCUAGUAUCGUCAGGACCGGUGGUGGCAAAGAAGGAGCAGAGGGGCAUGAUCAUUGGGUCGGAGGCUUGAAUGGGUUAUUGAAGUUUAAUUUCCCUUUUGGUGAGGGUGAGGAAUAG